AAAAAAAAAAACGUAGGAAAAACAGACUUUGUUAACUCUCUUAGCUGUACAGAAAAGGAGCCAUAGUUACCAAAGGAAGCCUUGAAAGAUCUGAAACUCCUUUCUUCUCUUUCGCCGUGUCGACUGAAGUUUAUUUAUUUGAAGAAAGUAAGUCUAAGUUCUGGAUCUCUAUCGGGAACGAUCAUCACCAGCUGAAAAGAAGCAACCGAAAUUCAACCAGCUUUCUUCCUUUUGCACCUUCCGAUUCAGGAAGCUGGAAUGGCGAAUCGAGUGAAGGAAGAGGAGAAAAAUGAGCGAAUAAUUCGGGGUCUCCUUAAACUUCCUGAUAAUCGCAGAUGUAUUAAUUGUAACAGUUUGGGACCACAAUAUGUUUGCACAAAUUUCUGGACAUUUGUUUGCACCAAUUGCAGUGGCAUACAUCGGGAGUUCACACACCGAGUGAAAUCAAUAUCAAUGGCUAAAUUUACUUCGCAAGAAGUUGCUGCUCUUCAGGAAGGAGGAAAUCAGCGUGCAAAAGAAAUUUACUUUAAAGAAUGGGAUCCACAGCGUCAGUCUGCUCCUGAUAGCAGUAAUGUUGAGAGACUUCGAGAAUUCAUCAAGCAUGUAUAUGUGGAUAGAAGAUACAGUGGUGAGAGGAAUUAUGACAAGCCUCCCAGGGCAAAGAUGGGUGACAAGGAAGACUUCUACGAGAAAGGAGUAUCCCGAAGCCCACCAUAUGAAGAUACAUUUGAGCGUCGUUACAAUGACAGGUCUAGUCCUGGUGGUGGAAGUGAUGAUAGGAAUUUUAGAUAUGGUUAUGAUGAAAGACGAAGUCCUGGAUAUGAGCAAGAGAGUCGACAGUAUGGUGAUUACAGGAGAAAUAGUCCUGCUCGUCCAGAGAUUGUCAAUGAUUGGCAUAGAGAUGAUAGGUUUGGAAAUGGCAAGAAAUUUGAAGAUCGUAGAAUAUCUGGUGGAGAUUCAAAGCUGGAAGGCAGGUCACCUGAGCGAACUAAAGAUCUAGAGUCGUCUAGCCCCCCCAUGGUUCGGCCUGUUAGGGAAAUUUUAGGAGAAAAUGUAUUGCCUCUUCGUAUAACUGAACCUCCUAAAGCUAAUGGUGGCAGGGCUGCUGAUGGCUCUACACAUACACAGAGAACUGCAUCUUCUAGCAGUUUGGGUUCUGCCAAUGAGAAUGCGGCUGAAAUCAAAUUGCAGAGUACUGGGAGUUUAAUUGAUUUUGAUGCUGAUCCUGAACCUCCUCCGACUGCUACAGCUACACAAGCACAGCACAUUAAUCAACCUCAAUCUGUUCCACAGUCAGCGACUCAUACCAAUGAGAACAAUUGGGCCUCUUUUGAUUUUUCCCCCGGGCAAAAAGUAUCUCAAGCUCCAAAUUUGAAUACGCUGGAAUCUGUCUUUUCUCUGGAAGUAUCUGGAAUACCCAGUAGUGCAGGUGCUCAAACAACUUCAUCUGUGGCUCAAGUUGGUGUAUUAUCGGUUGGUAAUAACUCACCUGUUGCACCUGUGGGGCAAACACCAUUUUCUCCCUUCAGUACUGCUGCCCCUGCAGCUGCACCAGUAAGUGGAUUUGCUGCAUUUCCCUCACCUAAUCCUUUGGCAGCUGCACCAGUAAGUGGAUUUGCUACAUUUCCCUCACCUAAUCCUUUGGCAGCUGCACCAGGAAUAACACCAGUAUUGGCUGUGAAUGCUGGUAAUUCCUUUAGCCCGCAGCAUCAAGCUGUGAAUGCUGGUAAUUCCUUUAGCCCGCAGCAUCAACAACAUUCUUUUUUUUCUACUGCUGCUAGUCAAAUUGUUGCACCACAACUUACAGCACCAGUUCAUGGGGCUUCAAGCCAUCAGCCUUGGACUUUGUCUCAUGCUCAGAAUUCACAAGGGCCUUUGAGUGCACCGCCUGUGCAAGCUCCCCAAAUUGUCCCAAAAUCUGCAGGGGCCAAUUCUGGGGUUGUUUCACAACCUUCCCCUGCAGAAGUAAAGUCAACUGUAAGGAAAGAACUGCCACAGAAUUUGUUUGCUUCAACUUAUUCAUCCUAUCAAGCUGUUCCAGGGUGGCAAACUGGUCCACCUCUUCCCAUGGGGUUUUCAAUGCAAUAUAAUACUGCAGUGCCCAUACCAACUUUUGUGCAGCCUAAGUCAACAAACCCAUUUGAUGUCAACAGUGAAUCACCAACCGUUCAAGCCCAAAUGUUUCCUUCCAUGGCAUCCUUACAAGGUGCUUUGCCAAAUGUGUCGCAUCCUUCUGGCUUAUUACGAACAUCCAGCCUAGGUACCCCAUCACAUGCUUGGAUGCCACCCCAGUCAUCACCUUAUCCAUUGGCCAUGCCUUCUCAAACUCCAACAUAUGGAUCUGUGAUGCCAUAUGCAUCAGCACUGCCUUCCCAGACACCGCCUUAUGCGUCAACUAUGCCUCCCCAUGCACCUACACAUGCAUCAGCGAUCCCUCAAAGGGCAUAUAUGGGGCCACAAGCACACAGUAACAUCCCAUUUUCCAGGCAACAAGGAGUUGGGGGAUUUGGGCGUGACAGGGCCGGUUUCGGCCCUAUGGAACCUGAUCAACAGAUGGCAGGUAGAUACUCAGCUCCUGCUAUCCCACAACCCUUCUCGUCGACUGAGGGGAACCCAUUUGGAUAAAUUGCAAUUGCAAAGAACAAAAUACUUGGUAACAAUAUUUUAGUUUAAGCAUCAUCUUGUUGCUUGUCAAAUUGCUAGGGGGGAAAGUUUUGGUUCCUGUAAUAUAUAGUUAGAUGAUCCAACCCAAUGAAAAAUUUGUCAAGUUCAACCCCAUGGUAACUUUUGAGGGCCAAAUGUCCAUAUCCACCAUGGAAGAUAGAUUGAUGCUGUUACUAAAAAAGGCAUGGAGGGAGAGAAUUAAUCUGAAAGUGGUGCAGAAAACUCCAUUGGGGAUUAAGGGUUUUUUUUUUUUUUUAAAAUUUUUAUGCAGUAUGUUGUCUAUCUGAUAUUUUUGAUGUUCCAUUGAGUCAUCCGUGUGCUGCCUGUUGCCCCAAAAAGUUGUAUAAUUUCCUAUUGUUGUUCUGUUGUAUUAUUAUGCCAGCUAUUCAUUAUUGUGGUGAGUUAUCUGAGUCUGUGAAAAGUGUCUAGUUCAAUUGUUACAGGUGAGUACAGUUUGAAUGCUAAUGUUAUUGAAGAUUGAGAUGAGUUUUAAGAUAUUA